CUUUACACUAUGUCGCAGGAUAUGAUGAAUGGCCAAACAGGUGACCAGGUUCUUGGCAACCCUCAGCAAGACUUAGAGAUCAAGUCUUUCCAGGCUCCUACGGGCCGCUUUGUUUGUGAUUGUGGCAAGAGCUACAUGCGCAAGGAACACCUCAAGAGACAUCAAGCGACACAUAACUCACAGGCACACCAAUGCCAUAUAUGUGGGCAGUCAUAUUUACGCAAGGAUGUUUUACAGCGCCACUUAACAACCCAUCAGGAUCCUUCGGCUAAACCACGUGCUUGUGAGGCUUGUCGUGCGAACAAGACAAAAUGUGAUGGCAAUGGAGUUUCUGAUUGUUCUUUUUGUAAGAACAAGGCUAUCGCUUGCACGUAUUCGCUCCGCCGAUCGAGAAUGCGAAAAGGUGCUCUUCCUGAAAAACAUGACGAAAAGCCUUUGAAGGACAAUCCACCAUCUACCGCUCCUAUCAGACAACCUGUCCCCAAGGCGAGACUUGCAAACAUAAAAGAGGCUAUGAGCCAAUCAUCCCUGGCGGAAGCAAGAUCAAAAAGUUAUAGAAAUGCAUUGCCACCUUCUGUUUCGAGUGCCGAAACAGCAAGCGAGUCCAACUCAUCUGACAGUCCGAAUUAUUUGAUCACAAUUCUUCAACAACUAUCUGCAUUGCCACCCAGAUCGGCUCCAUUACAGGUCAAGGAUGCCUCUGACUCUGAAAAACAAUGGCUUGAGGACAAUUUCCGGUCUUACGCUGAUCAUUUUCAUCACCGAUGGCAUGUAAUCACUGCUGCUACUUACGAAUUCAGCGAAAAGCCUUUUGACAAUGCGGCAUCGGUCAUAAUGAUUGGGUCUUAUUUCUCAAGCAAAGAGAAUCGUAAUAGCGUGUGCUUAAGUCUUCAUCGUAAACUUGUCGACCGGUACACAAAGCUACUGGUCGAGACACAGAUAUCUCUCAACUAUCGACAACGUCCCCGACUACAUUACAACGAAUUGAAGACCUCUCUGACAUCGCCCUUUUCUGUACGAAAUUGUUACGAUAUGGAUGUUUUUGUUCGUCGUCAACGGUGCGAGAAUGCAGGUCGUGAUAUCGACUUGUCUUCGAUGAUUAAAUAUCCCAACCAAUUUUUGCCUAAUCCAUUGCUGGUUGAAGAUAUCCAUCUCGGUCUGUGUGGUCUUACUGUCGAGGUUCUUGAACACGAACAUACUCGUGGUAUUUCGAAUAUAUCGGCCAAUGCUGCGACGAACUCAAUACGGGACAGUGUUUUGGAACGCCUUGCAACCUGGCUUGUUCAUAUCGAAGAUAUUACUCAAAAGCUAUCUUCUGAUGUGUCCAAUCCAACAGAGGAUUCUCUGUCAGUAAAUUAUCUUGCGCGAGAAGAUGAGAUCCAAGCCCUGUCAAGUGCUAGGGUAGUGGUUAGACAACGUAUCCAAGAUAUCCUCUCUGACACGAUGACGGUUUAUCAUCGACUUCAGAUUUUACUAUCUACCACAAAUUAGAUAAAGUUGUAUUACACCUAAAACAAAG